AGAGAGGGGGCAGUUAUUGUUUGCAAAAGUUAGGAGCAGAUUUUGGUGCAGUCUGUCAGAGUCCCUGACAUUUUCAAACAGCAUUGGCAAGUCUCUAACAUCAACCCUUCAGGCCAGACUGUACACCUGUGAAUCCCGUGGGACGUCCUGCCAGCAGUUGGUAGAAUCACAGACUAGAGAGUGCCAAAGGGACAUCUACUUCAUCCAGCAAGAGAGUGACACCGUCAGCAUGAGGACAGGAUCUGUGAACAGAAGGCACAGCCAUGAUGGGACCAUCAGUUCAGGGUCAGGAUCAGCAUCAGGACCAGGGCCCGUCAACCCCAACCAUUUCCAUCCGUACCGUCGACAGUUCAGCGAUAUAGCAGGCGCUACUGCAGGUUGCUUCCAACAGUCUUCGUUCAGCUGUGUGCAGGAGGUGUGCAGCCCUGACACUCAUUCACACAGCUCGACCAGCGAGACGCCAACAGCCUGGGAGCAGUACAACGGCAGCAUUCAGGUUUCUAGAUUUAUGAGUUCGUACCAAGAUGUACCAACUGUACCAGCAGAGUCCUCCUGUUUCAUGUCUCAAAGCUAUCCACCCUACAGCUCAUCAAGCCCUCUACAGCAGGUCCCAUCCAGACUGUAUCCUAAUAAUGAUCAGUCCAAUGGUUCAAAAUAUUCUCUCCAAAGUCCCUCCACUCAGUCACACCAGGAGAGCACUACACAGUCCCUCUUCCCCAAGCCCAUUUACUCAUACAGCAUCUUAAUCUUCUUGGCGCUGAAGAACAGCAAAACAGGAAGCCUGCCAGUCAGUGAGAUUUACAGCUUCAUGACUGAACACUUCCCCUAUUUUAAGUCAGCUCCUGAUGGAUGGAAGAACUCCGUGCGUCACAACCUCUCCCUGAACAAGUGCUUUGAGAAGGUGGAGAACAAAAAUGGAAACUCAUCCCGUAAAGGCUGUCUAUGGGCUCUAAAUCCAGCCAAGGUAGAAAAAAUGCAGGAGGAACUGCACAAGUGGCGUCGCAAGGACCCCGUUAGUGUUCGUAGGAGCAUGGCGAGGCCAGAAGACCUCGAUCGUCUACUUGGAGAAAGACCAGACAGGCUCAGGUCUUUGCCACCUUACAGUAACCCAGCUUUAUUAUCCAGAGUGGCCCCUAUCUAUGGCGUUGCCUCAUCAUCUUACACCACAGCCCACCUUCAACCGCCCCGCCUCCCCAUACAACGACCACAGUAUGCCCAUUUUCAACCUCAGCAGCCCUGCUACGUCCCCCCUGCUGCUGCACACCCCAGCAACUCAUUUGCCCUGUACCCACCCUGUGGACGGCAGCCUGCAGCUGGCAUCCCAUCAGCCACUGGAAGUUUGCACUCCCCUAUGGCUGGUAAGAUACCACCUGUCAAUGACGCCCUGCAAGCUGAGUACAGCUCGAGGAGCAUGCAGGACUUGCUGUUGGAGGGAGAUGCCAGCUAUGACAUUGACACGCUCAACCCCAGUCUGACUGACCUGCAGCUACAAGGUAACUUGUGGGAGGAGUUAAAGGAAGACAGUCUGGUGCCUGAUCCCCAUGUUACCACCACAAUCCCAUCCACUACCUCUGCCCAGCAGGACCACCACCACAUGCAAACCAGCUGCCUGCAGGUCAUGUCUCCUGUUGAUCAGACAUCAGAGGUGAUCACUGUUGGUAGACAAAAGGCAGAAUAUGAGGACGAGAACACGGGCAGAACCUUUGAGCAGCGUGGCUGUUUGAAUGGACUUCAUCCUGUGGUUUAUCCAGGGACAGAGAGUCUGACCGGAUAUCUGACCUGUUCUGCAUCCCUUUCCUUAACGUAAAGACCUGACUGUUUGAGCUCUUUCACACUCCAUUACCAAAAAUAUGCUAUAUUAACCUGAAUAGGAAAUAUCAUCACAAGCAGGUACAUGCCAAAGUAUUAGAUUGAUGGCGAUUUAAACCAUCAAAUCAGACUCUGAUCUAUGACAAACUCUACGCAGCAACAAGUUACAAAACAUUCACUGUUUGUCACCAACAAGAUAUACAAGAUAUAUAUAUUAUAUGCUUUGUUUCUGUUUCAAUAUUUCUUUCCCACCAUUUAUUUAUUUUUCAAG